AUUCUGUCUCUGAACUUGCUUCGAUACAGACGUACGAGAAAUCGACUAUGCCACCAAAAGCUAGCGGUAAAGCUGUGAAGAAGGCCGGAAAGGCGCAGAAGAACAUCAGCAAAACCGAUAAGAAGAAGAAAAGGAAGAGGAAGGAGAGCUAUGCUAUCUACAUCUAUAAGGUGUUGAAGCAGGUUCAUCCCGACACUGGAAUCUCCAGCAAGGCUAUGAGCAUCAUGAACAGCUUUGUUAACGAUGUCUUUGAGCGCAUUGCGGCCGAAGCGUCGCGAUUGGCUCAUUACAACAAACGAUCCACGAUUACAUCUCGCGAGAUCCAAACUGCUGUAAGGCUCCUUCUGCCCGGCGAGUUGGCUAAGCACGCUGUUAGUGAAGGAACAAAGGCGGUCACCAAGUACACCAGUUCAAAGUGAACAAAUUCCGUAAACGGCCCUUUUCAGGGCCACCAAUAAUGUAACAUUGGAAGUUCUCGUGUCGUAUCGUAUCAUAAAAAUUGCUCUUUGAUUUACUAGCAAAAUAUUUGUAAGAAAUAAUUUUUUAAUAAUAUAUCGCUAAUAUAGACUAUAAUUAAAGUUCUAAUAUUUCAUUUUCUUCUGUCAUUUCGAUGUUUUUGAGGUUCUUUUAUAUUCAUUCUUUAAAUAAUAAAAUUAACUGCAAAUUUUAAAUAUAAGUUAUAAGCGUAUAAAAAAGUAACAAUAAAGAGACAUCAGUAUUUCUUAAACAAUCAUUACAAGAGAAUAAAUGCAAGUAUGAAUAAUAUGAAUAGCUGAUAAAUAUUAAAUAAAUAGAAAGUUUUAGUGUUUUAUAUAAGUAAGUUUUAUAUUUAAGGCACAC